AUGACCCCCAAGAGACCACCAGCCAGGCGCUAUAACACAGGUUCCUCGUCCUCAGGCAACGAGCGCUCCCACAAACGCGCUCGAACAGCCUUCUCCCCCUCCCCUACAUCAGACUCCGAACAAGAUUCUGACGUCUUGAAGGUCUACCUCGUACAGGCCAAACUCGGACCAGCAGAAAUAACAGAGCUUUACCAACUAGUGGAAUCUUGUCCCGAGCAUGGCGGGGACCUGCAUCUACAACUCGUUCCCGAGGUAAUCGAAUCGGACAUCAUCAUAACUGCAGUGCGGAUGAAGCGCCGGCUAGAGCGCCAUGUCGAUUGGAAGAUAGCCGUACUAACGGAGUCUCAGAGACAAAAGGCUAUAGUGACGCCACAGUGGCUGAAGGAUUCCGUGGAAGCAGGACACGGCCUUCCAUGCGGAAAGUACGCCGCCAUUGGAGAGCUCAUAGAAGAGACAAUCGAGAACUGUCCUGAUCCUGACAACUGCGAUGACUGCAGUCAUAGCCAUGAUCAUCCUCGGUCCCAAUCGAUGAAACCACCCUCCUCGGCCAAGGGUGUAGCCAAUCCCUCACCAGCCGUCGAACCCACACCAGCUCGCGUUCACGCGAACUGGAGGGCUAGGUACGCGUGCCAGCGUGCCAGCCCUUUGAAAUGCCCCAACCAGGGCUUGGUGGAAGCCUUGAGCGUACUCUGCCGCGACAGGGAGUUGGAGGGACUGCAUCCCAACGCUUUGGCAUACCAGAGAGCCGUCGCUGUGAUCAAAUAUCGACCAGGACAACCUGGAGAGCGAGGUCUCCAAACUCCCAGGUAUGGGAGGGAAGAUAUUCUCCAAGGCCCGUCCAUUCUCAAUGUUUACCGGUCGCUGCCCUGCUUAUUGCUCUACCAGGUCCAAGAAUUUCUCGAGAAAGGAUCGAUAUCAGAGGUGCAAGAAACGCUAGCUUCGGACCGCUACCGGACCCUCUCAACUUUCGCAACCAUCUAUGGUAUCGGGCCAGGCAAAGCUCAACACUUCUACGACAUGGGAAUGCGAACGAUAUCUGACCUCGAAAGAUACUACGACAUUGACCCUCCGUCAGCCGAGGAGGGGUAUUCCGCGACUUCCGUCGAGUCCAUGCAAGCUGUCGAACGGCUCCUUCGGGAAAGGGAAGAUUGGGGAUACGAUGUGACCUUCACGCCAAACGGGAAGAGGGUACCCUCUAAAACAUCGAAACGAGGCAAUAAACCCCCGGACUUGACCGUCCCAGUCGCGUUGGCACUCAGGGGAGAAUUCGACCUUCCCAUCCCUCGUGAAGAGGUGGAAGAGAUGCGCGAUGUCGUCAUGCGCGAGUUGGACGAAUUACAGCCUGGAUGCGUCAGUACGAUUGUGGGAGGGUAUCGACGGGGUAAACCACAGAGUAACGACGUCGAUAUCGUAUUCAGCCACACUGACUGGGAGAAUGGUGCUGAAAUCAUCAAAGGAUUGUGCACCAGGCUCACUGCGCACAUGCACCGGAAAGGUCUCAUCACACAUGUAAUGCGUAAGAGAUCACCUGCUAACCCAGCAGUCUACACGGCUACUUAUCCCUCACUCUUCGCAGAUCUCUCCGGAUUUCACGCCCAUGACGCUCUGAAAACAGAUCAUUGGGACUCACUGGAAAAAUCCCUUUGUGUCUUCCGAUUACCCGAAACGCCCACGAGUGGCCCGCGAUUACAUCGGCGCCUGGACCUCAUAUUUGCAGCACCCCAGUCCUAUUGGACUGCAGUAAUCGGACCGGAUCGAAGAUGUUUCAACGCGAUCUACGUCUAUGGGCGAAACAGGAAAGGAAUGAAGUUUGACAGCAAUGGACUGUCAGUGACGCGCAGAGUUUCUCUCAUUCUGUCUUUGCUUGACACGCACUGCAUUGACAGGACACGAAGACACGACACGCGAUUGUACUUGCCCAAGAGCGAAAAGGAAGUUUUCAGUAUCCUUGGAUUGGACUGGAUCGAUCCCACCAUGCGAAACGCGGACGUCUAG